AUGAUUAGUAAAGGCUCAUUACUGGUUUUCGUGUCGCAAGUUUUCGCUGUCAUUGUUCAUACCUUGGCCAAAUUCUUGGAAACGACCGGCGAUAUAGACCCUCAGCAGAUCCUUCAGGUCCGCAUGUUUGUUACCCUAAGCCUGAACAGUCUUUGUCUCAGGACCUGGUAUUCGCGCGAGCUUCCACUUGGCAGCUAUAACCUCAGAUAUCUUUUGGUGUUACGAGUAGUUGGUGGGAUUUGCGGUUCAUUCGGAUUUUACUGUGACGCAACAGUUCUUAAUCUUCUCGCACCCCUGGGGGCCGGAUUUCUGAUAUGUAGAAGACUCGAUUUGCUUCGUCUCAGUUCUGUACUGAUUAGUUUACUGGGUGUUGGGCUCAUCACCAAACCGAACUUUAUUUUUGAUCAUCUGUACCAUGAUGGUGAACAUCGAUAUGCAGUCUCAGGCACUGGCUUCGCAUUCUCUAUCAUGGGUGUACUUGGUGGAAUGAUAGCGUACUCCAUCAUCUCAGCCAUUGGUGAAAGAGCUCACCCAUUAGCCGUGACAAAUUGCUUUGCCACGGGCGUCCUGGUUGUGAGCAGCGUCUGUUUCGCUGUGAUACCAGGUAUUACCGGUUCUCUCAUGGAGUACUUCCUUACAGCCGGACUGACCUCAGAGCGAGAUGGCGCUGCGGUAUAUAUGAUAUCAUUGCAAGUGGUCCUGGCCCUCAUAGCGGAUGUAUGUGUCUGGGGCACCAGCCCGGAUUCUUUAUCUCUGAUUGGAUCUGUGCUGGUAUUAUCUGCCGUUGUGGCGACUGAGAGAUGGAAAAACACCGUUGAACCACGGGAAAAUUUUGAAUUGAGUUGUUGA